AGAAAAAAAGUACAGCAAAGCGUUUUGUUUAACCCGGAAGUGCUCAAACACCGUACUACAAGUGAAGAGAGGCAAAACAUCAAUGGGUGUUACUUGUGUGUGCCAGGUGCCCGUGGCGGAGGGGAAGAGCGUGCAGCAGACUGUGGACAUGCUGCACAAAAAGCUGGAGCAGCUGGGCGCCGUGAAGCAAGGCAGCUUCUGCGUGGACUGCGAGACUUACCAUGCCACGGGAAAUUCCAGCAGUCAGCCCUCCAAGCUCCUGUAUGUGAUGCACAACUCCGAAACCCCCCUGAGCUGCUUGGCUCUGUUUGAAGGUGGACCCUGCCUAAUAGCGGAUGCAAAUUUUGAUGUCCUCAUGGUGAAGCUGAAAAGUCACUUCCAGAAUGCCAAGGGACACAAGGUGGAGUCUCGUGGUUCGAGGUAUCGCUACUGCGACUUCUUGAUAAAAGUUGGUACCGUGACGAUGAGCUCCAGUGCCAGAGGGAUAUCAGUAGAGGUGGAGUACUGCCCUUGUGUCGUUCCUGGGGACUGCUGGAACCUCAUGAAGGAGUUUAUGCAGUCCUUUCUCGGCCCCAGCGUCCCUGAACUGCCAUCUGUGUUUGCUGCCAAGCCCGAGGGACUCUUUGCACCAGCAGACUGUGUUGACACCAUGACUCAGUACCUGGAGUUGUUCAACAAACUGCGCAAGCUGCAAAUCCCUGGAAGCAAUGUGCGCUGAGUUUGCAACAAAGAUAUCUGUUUUUUUUCUCUCCAUGUUUGUACAGAUGUUGGUAUAUUCCUGGUCCUAUGGAUCAGCGUUGGUACCCAGGCAUUUUUUAUUUUUUUGAACGUCUGGGGUUUUAUUAUCAUUGCAGAACUUCACGUUAGCGUUGGAUGAAAGCAUUUGCAAUAAAGAGACACAGUGAAAACAA